CUCCGCCCCACCUGCGCGCGCCGGGACCGGGCUCCGGGGGUGGCCUCCCACCGCCCAGGGAGGCGCGAUUCGUCACUCUUGCAGAACUUUCCCCGUGAAAAUCCCUGCACCAGCACCAGCCCUCCCUCCCCGGGGAGGUUUUGAUUUUAGAAGCCUGCCUUCCUUUUAUUUUUCUGCCGUGUGCGGGUCUGGGCAGCGGAGCGAACUCGCAGCUCCUCCGAGUACGUGUCAGCGGUAAUCGCCCCUGCCGCGGGUUACCCUGACACCAUGCACUCCGAAGCAGAGGAAUCCAAGGACGUGGCCACAGAUGUCUUCAAUUCCAAAAACCUGGCUGUGCAGGCACAAAAGAAGAUCUUGGGUAAAAUGGUAUCCAAAUCCAUCGCUACCACCUUGAUAGAUGACACGAGCAGCGAGGUUUUGGAUGAGCUCUACAGGGUGACCAAAGAGUAUACCCAAAACAAGAAGGAGGCAGAGAAAAUCAUCAAAAACCUCAUCAAAACAGUCAUCAAGCUGGCCAUUCUUUACAGGAAUAAUCAGUUUAAUCAAGAUGAGCUAGCACUGAUGGAGAAAUUUAAGAAGAAAGUUCAUCAGCUUGCUAUGACCGUGGUCAGUUUCCAUCAGGUAGAUUUUACCUUUGACCGGAACGUGUUAUCCAGGCUGCUAAACGAAUGCAGAGAGUUGCUCCACCAAAUCAUUCAGCGUCACCUCACUGCAAAGUCACAUGGACGGGUUAAUAAUGUCUUUGAUCAUUUUUCAGAUUGUGAAUUUUUGGCUGCCUUGUAUAAUCCCUUUGGAAAUUUUAAACCCCACUUACAAAAACUUUGUGAUGGCAUCAACAAAAUGUUGGAUGAAGAGAACAUAUGAGUAUGUGAAUUAAGAUUUUGACUGCUCAUGAUUUAUUUGAAGAUGGAGCACUGCUGAUUUAUGAAGGAAAAAAAGAAUUUUUUAAAGAUUACACAUUUUCAGGAAGGCUUUGCCCAAUUCAGUUGUCAAACAUUAAUGAUAGUGCUUUUAUGGAGCUUGUUUUAUUUGAAGAAAAGCAUAUUGCCAAAAAUUUUAGUUAAAAGCUUCCUUACAGUUAACUGAUUUUGGGAAGAUGUAUGGUUGGGAAAUGCAAAUAGAGUUAUACAAAGGAAAAUUCUGUGUAGCUCCAAACCUCAAGACAUCUUUCUUUUUAGGACAAUUGUGUUUGUGGCACAUUGGAUAUUUCUAACAUGUACAAAGUUAUGUAUUUUGAUUCAUUUCUGUUCUUUGCUAUAUAUAUGAACCUCUUUUAAAAAGCCAAGAACUUUCUCCUGCUGUCAUUGCUCCUUCAGAAACAAUUCCAUUUUCAAGUCUACCCUUGAUUCUUUUGUUAAAGAUUUUGUCAUUGACAUUCAAGAAGUCUGAAGCAGUCAAACUGAUCCCACAGAAGAAUAGAAAACUGCUUAUCUGCAAUCAAUACUGUGGAAAUGGACUAUAUUUGACAUUAUGAAUGGUGUCUAAUAUAAGAAUGUUUCUGGAAUUGAGUCCUGUUUUUUAAUACCAAUGGUGAUACUUAAAUUUGCAAACAUGGAAUGGCAUGUCAUUGCCUUGAAAUGCUUGGUUAGGGCUUAACUUUCAUGUUAACUUGAAAAUGUGCUGAUGAAAUUUCCAUUUUUAAUAUCCAUUUCGAAUGUAAGAGGCAAAGAGAAAAUGUAUAUUGUUCUUGAUAUUAGGACAAUAAAAUGUAAGUGGUAUUAAAAGUAAAACAAUCAUUUUAGAGAUGAGCCCAUCAGAAUAACUUAAUUUAGGAAGAGGGGCAAAAGGGAAGAAAGAAUAUUGCUACAAAACAUGAGCAUGAGGAUGAAUGCAUUUCAAAUGUUUAAGAAUGUUUGAUAGGUAAAUAAAGAAUGUCGCUUUUUUAUUUAACAGAUAAGUUUUUUGCUAUUUUGUUAUUUGCUAUUUUGAUGAGUAAACCAAACAAUAUUUGCA